AUGUCGGAGGCGGCGGUGCCAGCGAGCAAUGCGAACGCGAAUGCCAGCGAGAAGAUGGCCAGCUUGGUGCGGGAGGCGGAAAAUUUAAAGACGAAACUCGAGGAGGAGCGCCAGAAGCUGAACGACGUCAAUCUGUCAAAUAUCGCGGAGCGCCUCGAGCAGAUCGCCUACGUGAACAUCAAGCCGCGCAAGGUGCUCAAGGGCCACCAGGCGAAGGUGCUGUGCACCGACUGGAGUCCCGACAAGCGGCACAUCAUCUCCUCCUCGCAGGACGGCCGCCUGAUCAUCUGGGAUGCGUUCACCACGAACAAGGAGCACGCCGUCACCAUGCCCACCACCUGGAUCAUGGCCUGUGCCUACGCCCCCUCGGGCAACUUUGUAGCCUGCGGCGGACUGGACAACAAGGUCACCGUUUAUCCCAUCACCUCGGAUGAGGAAAUGGCCGCCAAGAAGCGCACAGUGGGCACCCACACCAGCUACAUGUCGUGCUGCAUUUACCCGAAUUCCGAUCAGCAGAUUCUCACCGGCAGCGGUGAUUCCACCUGCGCCCUGUGGGACGUGGAGUCGGGCCAGCUGCUCCAGAGUUUCCACGGCCAUUCGGGCGAUGUGAUGGCCAUCGAUCUGGCCCCCAAUGAGACGGGCAACACCUUCGUCUCCGGCAGCUGCGAUCGCAUGGCCUUCAUCUGGGACAUGCGCUCCGGCCAUGUCGUUCAGUCCUUCGAGGGCCACCAGUCGGAUGUGAAUAGCGUGAAGUUCCAUCCGUGCGGCGAUGCCAUAGCCACCGGUUCGGACGACAGCAGCUGCCGGCUGUACGAUAUGCGGGCGGAUCGCGAGGUGGCCGUCUUCGCCAAGGAGAGCAUCAUCUUCGGCGUCAACUCGGUGGACUUUUCGGUCAGCGGCAGGCUGCUCUUUGCGGGCUACAACGAUUACACUGUCAAUCUGUGGGACACGUUGAAAUCGGAGCGGGUCUGCCUGCUGUACGGGCACGAGAACAAGGUGUCCUGCGUCCAGGUCUCGCCCGAUGGCACCGCCCUGUCCACCGGCAGCUGGGACUACACCAUCCGGGUGUGGGCUUAA